AUGGGCUCCCUCUCCCCACCUCGUCGAGCGGAGGAUGCGCUGCAGAAUCUGAGCGGUGGAGACCUCUCCCGUCAACUUCUGCAGACCGCUGAAGAGCAGCUGCAUGCGCUCCAGCCCGGCGCCGACUCAUCAGCUGCUCGCCGCACCCCCAUCUCGCGCAUCGAUCCCCUCAGACGCGGAAGGAUACUCUCGCCGAUCCACGAGCUCCCGGUCGAGGUUCUCUCGAUCGCGUUCCAUUUUUACGUUCUGCAGGACCGCUUCAGGACUGCCUCGACGAGUGACAGGCUACAAUGGUUCAUGCAGCGCGUUGACCACGGACCUUGCGUGCUACUGCGCGUAUGCUCCCGGUGGCGCGGGGUCUGCAGAUCAUGCCUUUCCUCGUACUUCAUGACCCUGAUUAUGUCCAUCUCAUCCCUUGUCAUAUGGCAUAGUACGAUGAGCAGUCUACCAACAGUUGAUGGCCCUAUGGUCUGGACAUGCCUACGACAUUAUAUGGACCUUUUCACCGGGGGCUUCUUCGUGCUUCCGAUGGCCCACGGUCCCCAUCGCCCUGCUAUU